GACUAGUUAUCCCGUCUCCUUUGAUCAACAUCCCUGUGAAAAGCCGCCCCCAUCUUAUCCUUUAAUCUCCUUGUCCGACUCUGACAUACCAUAUUAAACCCAUCUGGCCCCCAUCUAAUCUGCCAUUUACCUUGCAUCGUUAUCUACCAAUAUGUCUUCUCCCGACGCGGCUGAUAUUAACGGUAAAGCGCCAGCUCAGAGUCCUGCUGCCGCCAACCGCCCACGAGGUGGUCAAGUGGUAAAUGUGCAACCUGCACGCCUGGCCGACUUGCAGCCUCGUUACGCCCAGCAGAUUAACCAUGAAGACGCGAACAAUACCGCAGCGCACAGCUGGUAUGGCUCGCUGAUUCAUGGUCUGGGUGAAUGUAUUGGAUUCUGUGGAGCCAUUCCCUGCUGCUUCUGUUGCCCGAACCCAUUCAAGCCGGUCGCUCAAGGUGAAGUCGGUCUCGUUUCGAAGUUCGGACGAUUCGAGCGCUCGGUGGAUCCCGGUCUGGUCAAGGUGAACCCGCUCAGUGAGGAGCUACGCACGGUGGAUGUCAAGAUCCAGAUCGUCGAGGUUCCUCGCCAGGUUUGCAUGACCAAGGACAAUGUCACUCUCAACCUGACAUCAGUCAUCUACUACCAAGUCACCUCUCCCCACAAGGCUGCGUUCGGUAUUUCCAACAUCCGACAAGCGCUGGUAGAGCGUACUCAGACAACCCUGCGCCAUGUGAUCGGAGCGAGAGUCUUGCAGGAUGUCAUUGAACGUCGCGAGGAGAUUGCCCAGUCGACAUCUGAGAUUAUCGAAGAGGUCGCACACGGAUGGGGUGUUCUGGUGGAGUCGAUGCUCAUCAAGGAUAUCAUCUUCAGCGAUGACUUGCAAGACUCACUUUCCAUGGCUGCGCAGUCCAAGCGUAUUGGUGAGAGCAAGGUUAUUGCUGCUCGCGCCGAGGUCGAGUCAGCCAAAUUGAUGCGUCAGGCCGCUGAUAUUCUCUCCUCUGCUCCUGCUAUGCAAAUCCGGUACCUCGAGGCCAUGCAGUCCAUGGCCAAGACUGCCAACAGCAAGGUCAUCUUCUUGCCUGCUAUGAACCAGACUGUGCAGCAACAAUUGAACACCGCAGACAAUGCCGGGGAAGGACCAAGCAGAUACGCAUCCCAGGCCGACGACGGCUUCCAGCAAGCCAUGAACGCUCGAGUUGUUGAGAACAUCUAAAGCUGUGCGCUUUGACGGCGAUCUGAUUUUGCAUGAGGAUAUGGUAAUGCUUUAUAACCCUUAAUGUGUCAUUUAUACCUUUUUUUGGGACCGAUGAUUUGAGUCCAUGGUGAUUCUUGAUUAUGUCCUUUUGAUAUCCCCCCCUUUUUUUAUGGUUGAAUAUUGGCUCUUGUCUCUUGAUGGGACUUGGGCCAGUGAUUUACUUGACGAUACCCACAUUCGUUCAUGUUAUUUGGUUGGCCGAUGUUUGGAUUGAUGAGAUACGGGACUCGUUCUUCUUUUGUAUUUUGUCUAUAAUUUAGCACUUGCCUGUUGCAACCUGAAGUA